AUGCCAAAUCAUGAAGACAGUUUGAAUAAGGAUAAACUAAUCGAUACAGAAAGUGACCGUCCUAAAAAUGACAGUUCUUUUGUAUCAUUUACUGCUAGUAGUACUACCCCAGAAAUUGAAGACGUCUUCAACUUCGUAUUUCCGGAUGAUAAUGAUUUAAAAGCAUCAGCGCCCAAAACAGUGACUCAAACUUGGAUUAUAGUAACCAAGAGUACGCAGAUGAAAUACCACAACCAGAGUGAAUUUCACAAUGAUAAAUCGAUGGAAAUAAAACCAUAUAAAGCUGCACCUAGUUUAACGGUAGACUAUGAGGAGUAUGUUGACUUAGAUGAACAAGUUUAUAGGAAAUGUGGAAAAAGUUCGAACAAUGUUUAUGAUAGCGAAGAAGAGCUGGGUGAAGUCGGUAAAGGUUCAACUCCUUGGGUGGCCUUGGUCGUAUUAACAAGGAGCCGCCAAAGCAUCCUGUGUUAUGCAACUUUGGUACACCCGCGCGCUGCCGUCACAGCCGCAGAUUGUGUACAUGGAACAUCAGCAGGAGAAAUAAGUAUAAUAGCUGGUAUAUUUGACCUGGCUGACGAAAAUGCUCCAUCUCAACAUCGCGUAACGACUGUAAUCACUCACCCGCAGUAUAAACCUGGCCAACUAAAUCAUAAUUUAGCUGUUUUACAUUGGACUCGAUCGUUGAUCUUGGGAAGCCUCGUACAACCCGCUUGCAUGUCAGAUCCUUACCUCGGCGACGAGUGCUACUUUGUAGGUUGGGGCAGCUACGAUGAAGCCAUUCGACAGAGGCCGCGUUGGCAGCGAGCGUCAAUUCUCUCGCCGAAAGUGUGUAACGCGCGUCUGAACAAACUCGACGUGAAGCAACCGACUGACGCCUUCUGUGCCUCGGUGAAGACACCAGGAUCUGUGGAGAGAGGGGGAUCGCCCGACGAUUAG